GGCAUCCCUAGUGUACGUACCACCAAAACGAAUGCUACUAAUAAAUCGAUGAUUCGAAGGGGUGAAGACUCACCCGAGUCAUUCUAAAUUCAAAUCAUCCACGUACCUCCCGCCACUCCGCUAAAACACGACAUUAUGAAAGUUCUGGAAGUAAAAAUAAGGCAAAUCGACUCACUCUGGGACUAUGUAGUACUACUACCGUGAUGCAGUACUGCCGUUUGAAUUCUGAUGUUGACAUGAUUGCCGCUGCCCUUCGAGAAAACCACGUGGCUUGCCUCCCCGUGCCAGCCCUCGUGACUCGGUGAGUACAACGGAUCAUAUAAAAGCGUCGUUAGAUAUAAGUAUCUUAACAUACCCUUUCGCUGCAUUCUUCAUACCCACGGGCUUAGACAUGUCGUUCGCUCGGUUACGUUCAACGCCAUCCCGUUUUACAAGGCUCACUGCAACUCGCUCAUCAUGGCGGCCUACUGCCAUUGGGAGUCGGUACAUGUCCCAGGAUGUCGGUCAGGACUCUGCGACGGGGAAAGCUGUUGCUUCGCUCGGUAUCGAGCCCUCCCGACUCACUAUCACCAAAACAACCAGCCCAAAGGAACUUCCUCCCUCUAAAAGUCUUCUCUUCGGACGGACAUUCUCAGAUCACAUGCUGAGAAUCUCCUGGACUGAAGCUAAUGGCUGGGAAGCACCCAACAUUGUGCCUUUCAGCACCAUCAAUCUGUCUCCUAGCGCUACCGUGCUUCAUUAUGCCCAAUCGUUAUUUGAGGGCAUGAAAGCCUAUAGACACGAUGAUGGUACUGUGACGUUGUUCCGACCUGACAUGAACAUGAAACGUAUGAACACCAGCGCACAGCGGGUAGCGCUUCCAGCAUUCGACGGAAACGCGCUUCUUGAAUGCAUAAAGGAGUUGAUCUCCCUUGACCGUCACUGGAUACCUAAGGAGUCCGGACACAGUCUUUACAUCCGACCUACAUUAAGUGGGUAUUUUACCCUCCCUGCAGACGCGAAUACUGAGGACAAUGACGCUGCAGUCGGCACGAAUGGCACUUUAGGUGUUGCGCCACCCAGCGAGGCACUACUUUUCGUGAUCACCAGCCCUGUAGGACCGUACUACCCUCGUGGGUUCAAGCCUGUGCCAUUACAUGGAACGACAGAGUACAUUCGCGCGGCGCCCGGAGGUACCGGUGCAUAUAAGCUUGCCGCGAACUACGCUCCAGGUGUUGUCGCGCAAAAAAGUGCGGCGAAACAGGGCUACGCACAAAACUUGUGGUUGCAUGGUCCCGAGCACUGGCUUACAGAAGUGGGCACCAUGAACUUGUUCGCCGUUAUCAAGGACAAGGACGGUAUAAGCGAACUCAUCACGCCCCCUCUCGAUGGAAUGAUUCUCCCAGGUGUUACCCGCGACUCUGUGCUAGCCCUUGCACGUAACCACGUCUCGGGCGUCAAGCGCCUCCAGGGUCUUCCUGAUAUCAUCAAGGUGUCGGAGCGCCCCAUUAAUAUGGGCGAAAUCAUUCAAUCCUCGAAGGAGGGUAGGCUUGUCGAGCUAUUCGGUACCGGCACGGCUGCUGUUGUCACCCCUGUCGACAGAAUUGGGUACAAUGGAGGUGAUGUCAUGAUUCCUACCGGUGAGGACGGUAUGGGUCCCAUCUCGAAACCUCUUUGGACAGAGCUAGUGGGUAUCCAGACGGGCGCUAUCAAGAGCGACUGGAACUACGUCGUGGCGCAGUAGUGCAACUUGAUCUACAAACAGGGUAUCUAUCUACUAGAAUAUAUUUCCUUGGUUUCGUGGCGAUCGUAAUAUGGCAGAAUCAGUUGGUUGUACUUUGAAAUAAGUUUCAUAACUGGUGUCCUAGCCUCUGACUUUUUGUUUCUUUUCUGUGAUUUGCAUGUCUUAUCAGAGACGGACCGCUAUAAAGGUCUAUCCGGGGUUCGAUACCCACGAUAAUUCCAGGGCACCGGCGAGACUGGC